CAUUUGUUGUAGAAAAGCAUGAGGUACUUGGAACAAGUGGUGUGACCCAUAUGCAUUCCCAUUCGGUGAAUAUGAUGUGUCUUGUCAUUUCUCCCACAGAUCACACAAGAACAUGUCAAUAAGGCGAAAAAGAAGUUAGCAGACUCAAUAGCGCAGUAAAACCUUGAACAUUGAUGAACAGUUUCAUCUAUGUUUACCAUAUGGGGGAUUAUCCGUCGAGAGGGCGACCUGUUUUCAUCACAUUGAGCAAUUCCAUUUUAUUUAUUCAAGAAAACGUCAAGCUAUUCGUCUUAAGUUUCCCAAACGUAUUUAAAAAGCGAAUUAUGUUGUGACCAUCACUAGAUGAAAUUUAAUUACCUCAGUCGCAGAAAGAAUCGAUAAUUUUAGAAAUGGCUGAAAGCAGUUGCGCAGACCAUGACCUUUGGACAACAUCGGAAACAUGUGCAAUCAGAUGUUUUUGCACUUUGAUGGGUGAAAAAAGGGUUGGAAAGAAAUCCCUUAUUGAGUAUUAUGAUUGUGGGGUUCAUGUGAGUGUUCCUGAACGAAAGAAACAGACAAAGCAUCCAACACUUGAUUCGGAAGACGAAGACGAAGAGGGAGGACACGAAGAACGUGCUCCUCCUCUCAGUGUCGAUGAAACCUCAGACGACGAAUCUGCUGAUGUAUCUACUUCAAAGGAGCUGCUUAAAAUACAGCAAAAUGAAAUUGCAAAAUUGAGAAAACAGCUACAAGAGGCUGAGGCCAAGUAUAAUGCCUUGACUGCAGUCCAUGCUGCGUGUGAUAACGUCAACGAUGAAAAUAUAGCUGAUAUUGAAAUGGGAACAACCAAGAAAGAUGUGAUACACAUUGGAUACAAUGUUUGGAUUAAACAAACUUCAUACGAUCUUGUAUGCAAAGCCGCUGAACCCAGCAAAUUCAUCAAUAGACUGGCAGAAUCAGUCUGGAGCGACCAGGAACUGGCAAGGUCCACUACAAGGAAGACAAAAGGUGUAGAUCGUGUACUUUUUUCUCCAACGAAGAAAGCUGCUGUUUCAAAAUGUUUCUCCAAAUGGCUGAGAGAUAAGUUUUCUGAUGAAAAGGCAAAGAUAGAGGAAGGAAAACUGAAUUGUUACCUUAAUCGUGUAACAGAUGCAACACGAAAAAGGCUGGAAGCUCAAUCAAGAGUUUGAACCAAUGGGGCGUGUUUUUGUGCAGAGAAGUUUUGUGUUUUGCAGGGAAAGAGUUUCUUGUACUUGAAUGGGUAAU